AUGAGAUAUACCAACUGGGAUGUGCUCCUUUUCCCGGAGCGGUCCAAGAUACCUAUACAGGAAUUCCGGACACAGUGCUGCGUCGUCAGUGACAAAGACUCUCCUUACCUCAGUGCUCCCUAUUUCAACUCCCAACUCUUCUACAGCCAGCGGUCUCUGGGUCAAUUGCCAGUUCUCACUUGUUUCGUACCGAGUUUGCCUACUCAAAGCCCAUUUCGGAUUUCGAUUCAUAGCUGGGAAAAGCCACAUCCGUCACGUAUCUUGGAGAGUUUGAUGCACCCGGAUGAUUGUAUUUUGUAUGAGGUUCGGGUUUAUACGGAUAAUGUUUGCGUGGCGGGUACGCUGUUUGGUCCUCGAACUUCAUGGCCACAUAUAUUAGUUUCUCAUUGUGCAACAGAGGUCGACAAGAAUGGGAAUCAUGAACUUCUCCGCUUCCCUCAGUUUCAUCCCGAGGUUAUUGAUGCCUAUGUCUGGGAUGCUUCCGAAACCCACGGCCGCAUACGGAUUGUUGUAUCAGAAGGAUUCUCACGUCCUAAUCGUUCACCACCUUUUGAACGGGUCAAAGACGUUGUUGUCUUCUCGUUUCAACAUGCUCCCCUCAAUGUUUUGGAGAACUGCGGUAUAGCAUGGCCCAAUCCCUAUAUGUGGAACCAGCUUCCUGCCAAUGUGUUCAGACUCCAAAUGAACUAUGGUGGAGGAUACGGAGGUCUUGGUGGAUACAUUGAUUACGAUGGUCCGAAGGACAACGAGGACCUGCAUGGACAUUCACCGACUCGACAUGAUACAGCACGAUAUGAACCUAAUCGGGUGGCUGGAAUGACUGGCAUGACUGGGUUUGAAGGGAACUAUCAGAAUACCUUUUCAAACGUGCCUCAAUGGGGACACAAAUCGAUCAAUCCAACUACUGCACAGGCGCCUCCCCCAAUGAUGAAUUGGCCAAAUUUCACCGCCGAUCCCAGGUUCAAUCUGAAUCCUACGAACUUUGGAGGACUGCAGAAUAAUCCUGGAUUUAUGGGGUCCGACCCUUUCAUUGAACCAGGCCUCGCUCAUCGUCUACGACAGACUCAGCGCAGUAUAGACGACAUUUCCAUGCCUGAUGCAGGACCCAUAUCUGUGAGCAGUCGAGCCAUGUCUAGUAUUGCUGGCAUGAGCUUCGAGCACAGCCAUCAGGCCAGUCUUGCUGCGUCUCGGGAUGAUGACUCGUAUUCUCUCAGCUAUUGUGAUUCGAUGAAUCCUGCAAAGAUACACACUACCGCAUCAUCGACUCAACAGACUGCCGUUCCGUCGAUGCCACCCGUCUCCCGUCCAUCAGCGGCCCGUCAAGCUCGAUCUGAAUCGUAUUCGAAGAAUGCAUCCAGAGCUGUUUCCCAAGUGGAUCCAAAGGACGUCCGUCAGAUUUCAGGUUCCAGCGUGAGAUCUGGUCAGACAGAUAACGUGAUCGAGACCGUCACCACGCGAAAGGUUAUUGUCAGCCCUAAAUCCCAUGUCAAAGGCAAGAAAGAGAGCAAAGGACCAUCCAGAAAAAGUGCCCACGCUGAAUCUGAGCCUGCUAGCGAGCAAUCUAGCAGGGAGGUGUCCAAGUCAGGCGCAUCCCAUCCCCACGUUACAGUACGAACUACUGAGAGUGUUGUGCAAGUGUCUAGCGAGACAAAAAGAAAGCGACAGUCUAGACUGCCCGAUGAGGUCUCUCAAACCAGCGAGUCCCCAACCAAAAAAAUGUCUCGGUUUGAGAAGGAACGUCAAGUUGAAAGAGAUCCACGCAUCGAGAAAGAUCUUCAUCUUGAGAAUGAAAAAGAAAGCUCUACUGCUGAAGACGAUGAUCUCUGAAUGGCGGAAUGAUUGAAGUGUGAACAACAAUUCAAG